GUGGCAACCUUCCUCGGCAACUUGUGUAAUAAAAACAGCUUAUUUCUUUAAAUUUUAGUAAACCUAAUUACAAUUGAUGUAAUUUAAAUAUCAGAGCUACACACACGCUGUGUUUUGUAUUGACCAUUACUCAAAAAAAACGACACAUAACAAAUGUGCGUACACGAAAAUUGACUUUGUGUCAAUUUUAAAUAAUUGUUUUUCGCGUUCUUGGGACUCCCAUCGAUUGCCAUGUUGUCAGCCAUGGUCUUCCGACAAUUGCAGCGCCCGCUGAAUGCCGGUGGCCUGCAUCAUGGAGCCGCGACGACGCUAAAGCAUGUGCUGGGAGUAGGCGGUAGUAGCGUUGUCAAUUGCCUAAAUCGCUAUGCCGCGGCGACUGGCUUCAUACGCAUAUCAUUCCUGGACAUCAACCAGUGCCGGAAUUGGGAUGUGGCGCGACUGCGUCUGUAUGCGGAUGCCAAAAAACAUUCACUCCACGUACGCACACAACAAGGACGAGAUUUAUUGCAGGGCGUUAUUGACAAGCAGCGCGCCGAGUUUAUUGAGCGCAAGAACUUUCUGGUUGAUGACAUACGCGAGGCGCGUCACAAAGUCCAAGAACGUGUGCGCGAGAAGAUUGUUGAGAUACGCGAAGAGAAAGAAAACAUUAUGACCAUACCCAACAUGCUAACUAUAAGCCGUGCCAUACUCUCUCCCUAUAUUGGCUAUGUAAUUGUCCAAGGUGACUUUACGCUUGGCAUGAGCCUGCUUGUAGUCGCAGGCAUUUCAGAUUUGCUUGAUGGUCAAAUUGCACGACGCUGGCCAUCGCAGGCCAGCAAGGCUGGCUCCUUUCUGGAUCCCAUGGCCGACAAACUGCUCAUGGGCUCGUUAGUAAUAUCAUUGUGCUACAGCGAGCUACUUCCAAUGUGGCUAACUGGCAUUGUGGUCUUCCGUGAUGUGUUCCUAAUUGGCGCUGGCUUUGUCAUACGCUACAUAAGUCUGCCACCACCUAAAACGUUUUCACGCUAUUUCGAUGCCACCCAUGUGACUGCGCAGCUAGAGCCGACAUUCAUCAGCAAGGUGAAUACAGGAGUCCAGCUGGCUACAAUUGGCAUUAGCCUGGGCGCACCUAUAUGGAACUAUAUUGAUCAUGCCGCUCUCCAUGGACUUUGGUAUCUAACAGGCGCUACAACAAUUGCUGCCGCUCUCAGCUAUGUAAUUAAUCGCCGUAAUACUUUUAAAAUCAUACAAAAGAAGACGUAGAACUGGGCAGUUCUCAGUUUUUAUGUCCACAAGCAAUAGUAAUACAUCAGCAGAUGCAAUGAUUAGUAAAUAGUGUUUUGUAAAUGAUUAUCUAUAAAUUAAACGCUCUAUUUUGUU